UUGCCUUUUCAGUUGUUCAUUUAAUGUUACGUUUUACAAUCGAGGUGUAGACACGUAUAACGCCACAUAGAGGAGAUAUAUUCAGUGAAGAAGUGGAACUUUUCUAACUAAUUUUCCUAUUUGUAAAAUGUCGGUAUAAAAUGUAGGCCUUACUGUAAAUGACAGUCUGCUCUAAAUGCAUAUGUUUGCCACACCUAAAAUAUUUUAAUGGACAUAAAGUAUUCCAUUCAUGGGCAGUUUUCAGUUUGUGCUUGAUGUUUAAAAGCUCAAUCAUCUACUCAACUGCGUCUACUAGCGGAGUGGAGACAAGAAAGCAAAUCAGUCUCAAAAUGGAUGCGGGGUGACAUAAGUUUCUGUUUCUUUUUUGGAAGCACUACUUUACGUUGAGUUAAUAUUGCAUUACUCGGUGAAUAUAUAUAUAUAUAUAUGCUAUUUGUGACAUAUCUGAGUAUAGUGUCAGAAAAAUUCACAAAAUAUCGAAGUGUGUUCUAAUCGCGACGUUUUUUCUUUUUCGUACUUCUUCCUGGUUGCAACGUAUGUGGAAACUUGCCUUUGGCACAAAGACUUCGCCAAAUAAUUCAUAUGGAUUGGCUACAUUUUUCUCGGAAUAGACGAAUUAAAAGUAUCGGAAUGUCAAUGGAAGACGGAGGUGGUCUGCGAAUGUCAAGAGGAGAAAAAGGCACAAACUGAUUUCAUACGUUUUUUUCAACCAUGGAAAUCGAGAAUGGUGCCGCAAGAGGUGUUUUGUUACCUGUACUACCAGGUUCUGAGCCCUUCGACAACAGUAUUCUGCCUCCACUGCAGAACAUGUACAUGUAUGAGGAGUCCAAGCAGUCUUUCAGAUACAACUCGGCUUUCUUGAUAAAGAAUACCACCCUGCAAGAGCGGUAUGAGGCCUUCCGAACUGAAAGGAGAGGCAUGGGAUACUCAGAGGAAGAACUGGAGGAGUCCUAUGGGUUCUUACUGUUUGACGACAAAAAUAAGGCAAAUAAACUGGGAGAAACUGGUGUAAUCCCUGGUCACAGUACAUGCUCAACGCUUGGAGAUCCUUCAAAGGGUGUGUACGUGUCCAAGUACUCUGACUGCCUGGACCUAAACCGCUGGUACCACGGGAAGUCUGGAUACAUCGCCAUCAUCAGACUCACCAAGGGCAGAGUGAGAGAUGUGACAGAGAACUACACAGUAAACUACACCCCUCCCUCUAAUGGGUUUGACUGUCAUGUAUCAGAGCAGCUCAGUGCUGUGUCAGCCAACACCAGCUCCUUCCUGGCCUUUGAGAGAACACAGUACUACAUGUAUGAGCUGCCUCGUGGAGGGGCUGACUCGACAGUCCAGCCUCCUAGCCAUGCCUGCCCAUUCGCUAUAGUGGCUUUUUCCUAUUGGGAUACCAAGACACCUGCAGCAGAGGACGAAGAGAAGAGUGAGGAAGAAAAAACAGUGUUUCACUACUACCCCUGGAGGGGUCAGCUCCAAAUCAGCUCCCAGGUCUACCAUGUGGGUCUGAAGUCUAGCACUGGACCCCUGAUUCCAGCUAAACUUCCAACAGUAAUGGCAGUUGACGGAGCCAUUAAAAUGUCAGAUCUAAGGCAGAAAUUACCAAAAGCUAUGUUUGAAACCUGCUUCAUCGGUGAAGUUUCUCUGGAAGGAAUGGGUUGGAGUCUGUAUGAGCUGGCACCCAGUGAGGCUGAGGACACCUCUCUCUCUCAGCUCACACAUGAGCUCAAGGAGAAAGACCUGGCCCUCGUAAUACAACUGAAUGAUAGUGGUUUCCUUAUACUGUUACAUUCAUCUCACUUCCUCACAUAUGAAGAUGCUGGGUCCAAUAAGCCAGAGGUAUUGCAGGGGAUGUUUGUGUUUCCGGAUUCCAGAGCUAUACAACGAGACACCAAGAUCUGCUCGAAGAAGCCCUCCCUCUCACCAGAGGGCCUCCAGGUGGUGCCUGCACUGAACUACGCAGAGACAGAGGUGGAAAAGUGCCUCCCUGAACAGAGUGGGGAGCUACGUGGUUUACUAGAGCAGCAUAUCCAGAGCUACGCUGCCCUCAUCCACCCUGGGCUUACUAUCAGUCCAUCCAGGGAAGCCAGCAUCUUCCCAGAUCAGUUUGAUGUUCCUGACGCCCUCAAAUAUCUCUACUCCACCCCAAAGUGGACUGAAAUGGGAUGGAAAUGUCUCAAGUCUUACUUCCACCAGCCGGGCUCCUUCGAGCUCUCUGUAUCCAGGGCCACGGAGCUCCUGGCGGCUGGACGAGAGGAGCGAGGGGAUGAGCCAGAUGAUGACGUCUACUACUGUCUGUCAUCUCCAGAAGGCCCCCCCAUGACUCCUGCUAGUCUGGGUGGCCCAGAGGAGGAGCAGUCAGGGGGACAGUCACCAGGAGACACAGCUGACACAGCCACAUACAUAAGUAAUGCACUGGCAGUAUCUACAGAGGACUUUGAGAAACCUGGUAUGACCAAGGCAGACAGUAAUGCACCAAAUAAAAGAGUAGAGGAAGAGAAGACCUUGUCUUCAAAGGAGGUGCAAGACAAGGUGCAACAUGUGCAACCCAAGGAGGUGCAGGAGGAAGUGCCCUGUGAUCUUACCAAGCCUGCCGUCCCAGCAGGGGACUUUGCGAAACCUGUCUUGAAGAAGGCUGACAGUAAUGCACCAGGGACAUCUUUGAUUCCAAAAGAGGUGCAGAAGGAGCUUCCCUAUGAUCUUUCCCAGCCUGUUGUGUUGGCAGAUGUUUCUGGGAAGCCUGGGAAGAACAAGGCCGUACCAGGGGUAGGAGUAGAGGAUGAAGGGACACAUUUGAACGCAGAGGAAGUCCAAGUGGAUAGGCAAAAGGAGGUGAAAGAGGAUAUGCUUUCUGAUCUUUCACAGCCUGCAGAAAACUUGAGGAAAGCUGGCCGUGCAGUGUUGGGUAAGGCAGACUGUAAAGCACCAGAGGUAGGAGUAGCGAAUGAAGGGACAAACUUGCACCUGAAAGAGGUGCAAAAGGAUAUGCCCUCUGGUCUUUCACAGCCUGCAGUCUCUCAAGAGGAAUUGAAGAAACCUGGGCCGGCCCUGGCAACCAAGCCCAACAUUAAAGCAGUAGAGACAGGAGUAGAGGAUAAAGGGGGGGAUUUGCCUAAGAAGGAGGUGCAGGAGGAGGUUCCGUGUGAUCUUUCCCAGUUUGCAGUGUCGGCAAAUGUUUUUGCAAUAGCUGGUAUGACAGUGAUGACCAAGGCCACAGAGGUGACAGAGGUUUCAACCUCACCUGCAUCAGGUGACCUCCCAACAGUGCUAGUCAUCACUGCCACUGAAGGAACUGCAACCGUUGUACCUCAUAAUGAGAACUUUGGCUUGAUCAAUACAGAGUCGAACACAAAGAACUCCUCCAGUUUGCCACCAGCCAAAGUACAGGAGAGAGGUGGAAGUGCUCUCAAUGGGCAACGUGGCAAGGCCAAUGAGGUCAAUAAUUUAUCUACAUCAGAUUGGAGGAAACGGCCAAGGAAACGGCGUAGAUUUAGCGGGUUGGGUAAACGGGUCUUGAGGUCUUCGGCAGCUGACUUUGAAGAGGAAGAAACUGAGAAGGGAUGUUUGGAUUCAAGUAAAGUCUACUCAUUGAAAAAGAGGAAGGAAAUGACAGAUUUAGUUCAACUUAACCCAUGGAAAAAGAAGGAAAGGAUGGAUGUAACCCAGGUUCGUCCAUUGAAAAUGCAGAGGGAACUAAUGAAUUUGAUCCAAGAUCUGCCUUUAAAAAAGAAGAAGGAAAGCAAGGAUUCAAUUAACUUUUACCCAUUCAAAAGAAAGGAAAGUGUGGAUCUAAUUCACGACGGCCACCCAUUGAAAAAGAAGACAGAUCGGUGGGACUUGAAGGCAAUCAUCUCUGAAUGCGGUAGAAUCUUUGUCCCUCAUGGUUCCGCAGUUAUCGCCAAGGAUAUAGAAUCUUUGAAAGUUAUGGGGAAAGUGAUAGAUCACAAACAAUGUGCUGAUGAGAUGAUGGUUGAAGCUUGUAUCAAAGUACCCCAACCCAUAGAAACAGGAGAUGAACCUGGCCUAGAGUUGAUAAAGUCAGAUGAAAACAAAGAUCCGCACAUAUGGAGUUCAGACAGUAAAGACCAUCCACCAGAGGUCAAAAUGGCUGAUGUAGACAAGAUGGCCUCUCAGAAAUCCUCAGAUCUGGUCCAGAACAAAGACAUGGAUUUUCCUUCCUUAGAAAAACACAAAAAGAAUAGUCAAUUUGUUGCAAUAUCCCUCAGUAAACUAAAGACAGUUUUUUCAAGAAGGGGAAAGAAGAAAACACCUCUCAAACCUGUUUCAGAAGAUCAAAUGUUACCAUUGGACAAAAAAAGCAAGGCCGAUGCUGGCAUGAAAAGUGUUAAUUUCAGUCAUUCCUGCAAAGAUACCCCGGACAGAACCACAGGUGCUGCUGAAGUUGCAAAGGAACAGACAUUUGGCCUAGACCCAAAGUUUGCACUAGCAUUAGGCUUGACUCCUAGGGAGUUGCAUAAUAAUGCACCCAAAUCUCCAGAAAAAAGUGAUAUUCCACUGAAGCAAGACAUUCAGAGCAGACUGGACCUGGCUACACCUCAAGCCACAUCUGACCAAAUGUCUGAGGCUUUGCCUAGCUCCCCUUCAGCAACAAUAACCUUAACGGAUCGGGGGAGCCCAUUAAAAAUGAAAUGCAAGCCUGCAGACUCCAUAAGGAAAAAAUGGUGGUUGCACUAUCACACACCAACUUCUUUUGAAAAAGAGAAAGUAGCACAACCUAUAUCCUCCCAACUACUGACACUUAACCCUGAUGUCAGGCGUGUUGUCAGUAGGGGUAGGCCUCGCACAGUGAAGAAAGAUACCAGUGAUGCAUCAUGCCCACCAGCAGAUGCUCUGACCCUAUUGGCCGAUUUGGCCCUUAGUACCAGUAACGACAAAGUACUUGAACAGCAGCCAGACCACCUGGCACUUCAGCAACAAGAAUGCUGUCCAAGUUUGCUUAUAAGUGACAACAGUGUCAAAGAUGGCGGCUCUCUUCAUGAGUCAGAUGGUGAACCAGAGUCUGUCCUUCAUGCACUGCUGAAGCACCCUUCUGUUGCUAGGCUUAAACUUCCCCCUCAGUCUCCGUCACCCAAGGGGCUGGUGGUGGGGAGUGGGGAGCGGGUUGUGUUAGUCUCACAAGAGCAUUCUUACUCACUACCGCCAUCCUCCUCUCUACUAUUGGGUUUGUCAGGUUCAACCCUCCAAGUCCCCAUUUCGGAGGGACUUCAGCCGCAUCGCAAGGAUAUGGUCUAUGGUGACGGAACUCAAGCACUACGGGCCUUCCUGUGUCAGGAGCAGGACCAGAACAGGAAGGAACUCGGGAAGGAAUCCGGGGUGGCUCCAGAAUCCAUGAGAAAAGGAAUUGGGCGCAGGCAGAAGUUCCGUCGGUUACGGCGGUUCAUCGAAAAAGACCGCUCAGUUCAAGUGACAAGGCUGUGGAAGGAAAACUAUGACUUUAAUUCAGACAGCAAGUUUACCAACGACCCUAUGGAUAAAACAGUUAUUAGAGCCCUACAUGGCCCAUGGGAUUUCAACAUUGAGGACACAAACGAACAGGUUCAGCUCAUCAUCCACAUGUGGAUAGGUCUUUUCUACAGCAGGUCCACUGCUAGGUUCUUCCAGGCAGACCCAAGUCUUCUAUGUAUGGAGGAAAAAGAUUCUACAGAAGUGGAUCAUGGAAUGGUACAAGCCCAGGUUACAUCUGAGACCAAGACAAGUUCCCCUGCUUAUAUUGCCCUUUCCAGGAUCCCAGAACCUGAAGUUUUGGACCGUAGUAAUGUGGGUAAAAAAGAAUCACAACCAUUAAGCUUGGAACCUGAGGCAUUGGACCUUUCAGUGAAAACAACCUCGCCUGUGUUAGAUUUCACUGUAGACACAAAGGAUUCCCCUGAGUCCAAGCAAAGAAUAGAUUUAAAAAGUCCUUCAGUAUACCAACCAGAAAGUGGACUCCACAAGGAAAUCAUCUCUUUUCACAAACAAAGUUCUGGCCUUGAGUUAAAGGUUUACAGAGACCGUGAGGACAGCAUGACGUCAGACAAAACGAGUGAACUGGAUGAUGAUGAAACUAACACCCAUGACAAUGACAGCAAUGGUACCCUCCAAAAUGAUGUGUUCCCUAAAAUAAGAAAUUUGGAAAGUGAUGGAUCGUACAUUCUCUUGUGUGAACAGGCAGCAAGUGUGUACAUUAAUCAAGAAAAGGUCCUGGAGACUCAAAGAAUUGACCGGGGUUUGGAGGGCAAAGCCAAAAAGGAAAUCCAAAAGGAAGAGAGGAGCCAUGAUGGAGAACAAAACACAGCACGUCUUAAAACCAUGGAAUCUAAAGAUGUUGAUGAGGCGCAACAAGUUCAAGAUAACGAUUCAGUCAAAACAAUGUCAUGCACAGAGGUGCUGGGGGAUGGUGACCUUACCAAUAUGGCUGACAGAGUUGAGCGUAAUGCAAGUGAACCCAGAGAUGGGUCUUACGUUGCCAUCUGUGAUGGCAGUGAGUCAAAAAUGCACAAAGCAUAUCCUAGCGUGGAGGAUUCUGUUGAAGCAGCAAAACCAGAAGCAGUGCAUGUUGGGAAAGACACCACAAACAAGGAAAUCAAUGCACAACCUGCUGGGAAUGAUUCCAUUGGUAAGGCACUCAAAGCAAUGCAUGAUGAAAAGAUUCCCAAAGAUGUGUCACGGGAUGAUGGGAACUCCAAAAAUGAGGUGCAAACUGCAUUGCAGGAAGGGAAUGAUAAUGGUGAUGAGGCACAAACGGCAUUGCAGGAAGGGAAUGAUCAUGGUGAUGAGGCACAAACGGCAUUGCAGGAAGGGAAUGAUAAUGGUGAUGAGGCACAAACGGCAUUGCAGGAAGGAAAUGAUAAUGGUGAUGAGGCACAAACGUCAUUGCAGGAAGGGAAUGAUAAUGGUGAUGAGGCGCAAACGGCAUUGCAGGAAGGGAAUGAUAAUGGUGAUGAGGCGCAAACGGCAUUGCAGGAAGGGAAUGAUAAUGGUGAUGAGGUGCAAACGGCAUUGCAUGAAGGGAAUGAUAAUGGUGAUGAGGCGCAAACGGCAUUGCAGGAAGGGAAUGAUAAUGGUGAUGAGGCGCAAACGGCAUUGCAGGAAGGGAAUGAUAAUGGUGAGGCGCAAACGGCAUUGCAGGAAGGGAAUGAUAAUGGUGAUGAGGCUCAAACGGCAUUGCAGGAAGGGAAUGAUAAUGGUGAUGAGGCACAAACGGCAUUGCAGGAAGGGAAUGAUAAUGGUGAGGCGCAAACGGCAUUGCAGGAAGGGAAUGAUAAUGGUGAUGAGGCACAAACGGCAUUGCAGGAAGGGAAUGAUAAUGGUGAUGAGGCACAAACGGCAUUGCAGGAAGGGAAUGAUAAUGGUGAUGAGGCACUACCAACGGUGAAUUAUGAAAAAGAGUCAGGAGAUAAAGCAGCACCUGCAGUAUGUGGUGGGAAUAAUUAUGUGGCUGAAACACCACCAGAGAUAUCACAUAAUGAAAAUGAUUCCCAAAAAGAGACACCGUCAGUGGUGCAUGGUGGGAAUGAUUCGACACUACCUGUGGAAUUGUAUAGCAAGCUGUAUAUAGACGAAGAACCCACUGAUGAGGUACAACCGAUGGAACUGGUUGGGAAUGUUUCUGUUGGCACCACUCGAGUACUGCUAGAGAUGCAGGUUGAGAUUAAAUCUAACGAUGAGGUACUGACCACGAGAGUAUUUCCACUGUGUGAUGGGAACAUGCCUUUUGUAGGUGAGUUCAACACACCCAUUCAGUCCAAGGAUGUUUCAGCAGAAGCUAAAACAACAGCAGUUGAGACCGAUUUCAAUGGGAUUAGGGAGUCUAAAGAUCAGAAACGGAUAUCAGUGCCGGGUCAGAGUAAAUCUGAUAUUGGCACACAAGGGCCCCGACAUUCUCAAGACGAGACAUCAGAGGUACUGACAGGCCAGGUAGAAAUACCACUGAUUGGAGCAGGAAUUCCCAGGGAAGAUAUCUCACACACAGAUGUUCUACAUUCACACAGUCAGACAUCAGAGACAGUGCGUGCUCAGAUAGAAAUACCAUUUAUUGGAGUAGAAUUACCAUUCAUUGGAGUAGAGACGGAUAGCAAGGAUAUCAUGCACACAGAGGUGCACGACACUCACUUGUGUCAGAAAGACACACCAAUAUCUUCAGUGUGUCAUAGUGAUAAUUUGUUUUCAGGUGAAAUGUUUAGAAUAGUUUCAAAGGCAACUGAAUCUGUCAGUAGAUGCCCAACCCCUAUCGUGGACGAUGGUUACAUCCCGAUUCCUGACAUCGACAGUGGCUGCUUGGUUAACUGCGAUGCCAGUGGGGUAGGCAAACCCCUCAGCAGAUGCCCAACACCUACACAAGAUGAGCCACCUUUCGUUACAGAAUUGUCUUAUGACCAUCACACACCGAAGACAGUUUUUUUGCCCGAUUUGAAAGACAGUGGUUUUGCUCUUAUUGAAAAUGAAAAGGCUUAUUGUGAACCACAUGAACCAAGUCUUGGUAGCAGCCCUAGCUCUGUAGAGAAUAUGUUGCAUGAGUUGCGUAAAUCCAGCAACAACAAUAGCAAACCAAAUCAUUUGGAAGCCAUUGGUAAUCAGUUCUCUCAAUUAUGGACUGAACCCCGCAAGAAGCCAAUCGCCACUAGCACACCUCUCAACACCCCCUAUACUUCUUCAAAGGAAAAAAACGAUUACAGUCCUUAUUCAAAUAUGGGACUUACCCCUGCUGAACAAGACCUGUAUGCUCUUUCAAGUCACAAUUCACUGGAUAGGUUCCCUGCCUCCUAUCCCAAAACCCAUAGCACUGUAACACAGAAAGCAGCAUUCUCUGUGCCAUCAACCUACCUUGAAGUCCUGCCCAAUGACACAACAGAAAGAAUAUUAACUCGGGACUUGAGUGAAAUCGCUUUGGAGGGAGACACUAACUUGUGUCCUGCGUCAACAGAGAUUAUCAUACAGUCCAUCCGUCAGAAUAUCCCAGGAGUAAGUGGACCUACAGCAGCUUCUCAGAACCUUUCAGGGCCCUAUUUUACUGAGCCCCAUCCAUACAGCCAACAACUUGCCAUGGCUGUGAAUCUCUCCAAGAGUGAAGGCAGCAGAGGAGAGUACAGCUGGAAAGAAGGACAAAUGAAUAUUGACCCUAUGUCUUCAGAUGUUGUCAAAAGCAAACAAACCGCUGCCCCUGUCCACUCAAACACUAAUCCUCACCCGUAUAACACACCAUAUGUCACCGAAAUGAGGAGGCAGAUUGCAAGUUUGCAAGAUUAUGUUAUGGAUGAAAGUGAGGAGCCUGCCGUAGAGCAAGACAACAUUGAAUCUAGUCUAGAGACAAAUUGGAUAUCAGAUGACCAACACGCAAGUAAUACAUCCCAGUUGAAUAAAACAAAACUUGACUUCAUCAACUCUUUACGCGAGUAUCAGCAAUGGGAUAAAAGGGAAUUUGAUGAUGUUUUGGACUUCAGCAAGCAAGGCAAUUCCUCUUCAGUCACCUUCCAGUCUGAAGAAUCAGACAAAAUAUUUACCCGUAUGGAAGAGAACAAACAGGACUGGUUAAAAUAUUGUAGGUCAGAGAGGAGUGGGAACACCUCCAAAAGCCAAAUCGAUUUGGACAAUGAGCACGAGGAAGUUUCCUCAUUUGCAAAGCCAUGCCUAGUUACAGUUUUGGAUCACAAAGGAAACAGAAUCACCUAUGAAAACUAUCCCGUUCUGAAACCUUCAACAAGCACGCACACAUGGACAGCUCCGAACUCAAACAGACAGGGCUCCAGCAGUUUUCUGGAGUUCUCCAAGAGGUGGGAUGAUACACAUAACACUGAUGAAUCUGACCUCACUCAGUCUUCUGUGGAUCUGGAGACCCUCAUCUUCUCAGAGAGAAUGAACCAGAUGCUAAAACGUAAAAGGAAGAAUAACAGCAGCAGGUACAACCGAUCAAAACACCACAGGUCAACUGUAGAAGAAAGAGCUUCCUCCUGUAGCCCGGCUGUGACAGUGCACUUUUCCAGCCUGCAGGAACAGGAAAGCUCGGAAGAACACUGGGAGGGACUACCUUCACUCGCAGGGCAGAAGUUAAAAAUAGAUAUGCCUGAAAGGAAGGGUAUGCCUGAAGAAACAGACAGAGAUAUGCCACAGCAUCUUCAAAAACUCUCCUAUACAAAGGGCAGUGAGAUGACGCAUGUCAACGUUUCAGAUCUGGUUGCGGAAAGUUUCAAGGCGUACCAUGCCAUGAUGACUGAGGUCUGUGCAGGCAGAAAGUACCCACACAGAACUGAGAGACUCAAGAGAGAAGAAGCAAAGAGAAACAGUUUGCCAAAGUCUCGAACCCCAAGCAAAGACAAAGACUUCUGUGGUCAGAUGAAGAAGGACAUGUAUGACAGCCUGCAUGAUAAUCUGAACUCUGUUGUGAAACAGUCAUGUAAGAACAAGUUCAGGUUCUACAUACUGGUGACAUCAGAUGACCCAUUCUUCAACGAGACAAAGGAGCUGUUAGAAGCAGAGGGACACAUAACAGUAGAACAGUCUCAAUUCUGCCUUGGAAAGGAUAGUCCCUCAUCCCCUCUAUACAUUAUCUUGAGGAACGAAGAUAUUGCUGAACACAUUUGUGAGGUCCCUCACUUGCUUGAAUUGAAGAAGUCUCAGAAUGUGUUGUUUGCUGGUAUUGACCGUCCUGAUGACAUUGUGAACCUGACCCACCAAGAACUCUUCAGCAAAGGCGGUUUUGUGGUGUUUGAGGGAGCAGCACUGGACACACUCAGCCUCAGCAACAUUAAGAAAAUGUCUGGUUUCCUUGAGGGGCUAAGUAAAAAGGGGAAGUGGAAAUGGCUCUUGCAUUACAAAGACAGCCGGAAGUUGAAAGAGAGCGCACGGUCUAGUGCUGAGGCACAGGGUAAAAAGAGCUUCAUGGACAACUGCCAGGAGGCUGGAAUGGUGGAGGUCUUACCCUACCAUGAAUGUGACGUCAUUUCAAGGACACGACCCAACUACCUCCACUGUCUAGUCCGCCUGCAGGUCCAGAACAUAUCAGCUCGUCUACCUGUAUUUAUAACUGACACAACGGCAGACAAAGCGUUUGCAAAACAUGGGAUAUUCACAAUGAAUAUUAACUCCUUCUUGCUGAUUUCUCAGAGUGACACUUGCACUAUUUCUUAAACUGACGGGGAAGCCUGACAGAAGUCUUCAGUACAGUCAAUCAAAUUUGAUUUAUAAAGCCCUUUUUAUACUGAACAAAAACAUAAAAUGUAACAUGCAACAAUUUCAAAGAUUUUACUCGGUUAGAGUUCAUGUAAGGAAAUAAAUUGGGCCCUAAUCUGGAUUUCACAUGACUGGGCAGGGGUGCAGCCAUGGGUGGGCAUAGGCCCAGCCGCUUGGAAGCCAGGCCCAUCCACUUGGCAGUCAGGCCCACCUACUGGGGAGCCAGGCCCAGCCAAUGAGAAUUUGUUUUUCCCCACAAAAAGGAUUUAUUACAGACAGAAAUUCAGUGUACAUUAUCAACAGCUGUCACAAAGUGAUUUAAAUGAACCUGACCCAGACUCCAACGAGCAAGCAGAAGAACCGUGGCAAGGGAAACGUUGUAACCUCGCGAAGAACCAGACUCAGAAGAGGAUGCCCCUUCACUCCAAAAUCUGCUUUUAGGGGGUCAUUGGGAGUUAGACACACUGAUCUAAAUCAUUGUGGUGUAAGAAUAAAAUAAUUCUCAGUAAGUUAUGUUUAUAGCAAGGCUUUGUGUAUUGCUGUUUGUCUUUUUUUUUUGGUUCCUUAGUGUAAAUCAAAUUGUGUAGAUUUAUUUAUUCUUAAUUUUCUAUGACAGGUAGAUUCUGUAUGGAUUAACGAUGACAUCUGCUUCAAUGCAGAGCUCUGUGUUAGUGUAUUUAUUUGUACGUUUGUAAAUACAUUUAUUGCACAUUUGCGAUAAAGAAAUUGA